GUUUCAUUAAAUGUUCGACCUUUGAUGUGUCCAGUUUUCAAAAUGUCGGCUACUUUCAACUUGAGACUUUAUUAGCAAUUCGCUCCAUACUUUGUUACCAUUGAACAGUUUCAGGACCGAAGUGUAAAUAUCCUAUCAGGGAUAGGAUUGAUUAUCGCCAAACAUGAUUUGGUCAAGACAGCUGGUAAUGUUGCCUUUCGUCACCAUGUUGUGGCAUAGCCUGCAUAUCUGUCAUGCUUCACAGCUUCACACAGGUAUCUUACUUCUUGGAGGCACAGGUGACCUUGCUCGCAAGUACCUGUGGCAGGCACUGUUCAAUGCAUAUAUGAAACAAGAAAACACUGAUGGUGAGCUGCAGCACACAUUUUCAAUUGUAGCUGGAGCAUCUUCUCAUGCCAAUGUUGCAUUUGCAAGAUUAAAGGAUAUUUUUGACAACAAUGUGAUGUGCUCAGAUGCUCAUGGUUCCUUCACCAUAUGUUCCUCUAAAAAAGGAGAGUUCUAUGACAGUGUGUCAUACUUUCAGCUUAUUGGUGCUGAAGACUAUCAGGCCAUGUGUAAAUCAUUGGAAAAUUCCUUUAGCCAGUUUUCAAAAGACACUGAGAAAAAGAUGAUUAUCUAUCUUGCUGUACCUCCAAGGGUCUUUCUGCCAGCAUUGAAGAACAUCAAGGCCUCUUGCAAAAUUUCUGAGCUAGGAGUUUCUGUCAAGGUAGUUCUGGAAAAGCCACAGGGUCGGAAUCUUAAGUCUGCAGAUGAACUUUCAGAUGAACUGUUGGGUAUGUUUGAGGAGCACCAGCUGUUUAGGGUGGACCAUUACCUGGCAAAGAGUUUGGUCACAACAAUUCUUCCUUUUAGGGCUGCUAAUCCUCAGUUAGAGCGAAUACUCAACCGAGACCAUGUGGAACGAGUAGAGAUCUUUUUAAAGGAAACUGUCGGAGUAGAAGAGCGCUUUGGCUUUUAUAAUGACGUAGGCGUCAUUCGCGACGUCUUCCAGAACCAUCUAACCCAACUGCUGACCUUGGUGACCCUUGACCUGCCUGCAAAUUUGUCCACGUCGACCACGUCUGUACAAGAAGCCAAAGUACGACUACUACGACAAAUCCCCCGUGUGACAUCACAAGGACUGUUGUUGGGCCAGUACGCGUCAUAUGCUUACGAAGCAGCCCGCGAACUGCCGGACUCCAACGUGACGUCACUGGUUCCCACGUUCGCUGCAGCGUUGGUCAAGGUUCAGUCCCCUCGCUGGGCCGACGUCCCGUUCAUCCUUGUGUCCGGUAAGAAGAUGGACGAGCGGUCCAGCUACAUACGGAUCGUCUUCAAGCCUAACCGCGUCUGUGUCAGUGGUUGUCACGAUGACUAUCACCUUGGCGAAGGUGCUGGCCACGCCUACCGGUCGGAGGUCAACGCCAGCGAGGUCACCUUAAAUGGAAAGGGAGGUCAGUCGCCGUACUCCUCCCCAAAACAGCUGGUGUUUCAGAUCGGUCACGGAGGAGUCGGCAAGCCCUUGAUCUCGGUAUCCACGUCGUUAGGCAAGCCAGUCUGGCCCGACUGCUUACAAGAGACCUUCGACUCGGAAGUUUUCGGCACGCUCAAGAAGUACCACGGUGCCUCGCCGGACGCUUUUUUCCACGCCACGCCGGUUAGCCAGUCCGACGCCUACACCACGGUGCUGGACGACGCCUUGCAGGACAGGCGUGAGAGGUUCAUCAGUACCAGCGAGCUGCUUCUGGCCUGGCGGAUCUGGGACCAGGUGAUCGAGCCCAGUCCCAACCGACCCCCACGAAUCUACGAUGCGGGCGACCCCGCCGCGCUGCUCAACUUUGAGGUCAAGGGCGGGCGGCUGGCGUACACGGCAGAGGACAGGGACCAGGACGCAGGCGAGAAGACGAGGGAGGGGCCUGCCCCUCACCUGCAGCACCUGCAGACACCAGCCUCGUUCUUGGGUCACCGACUGGUCAGCGGGACGAGAGAGUCUUUGGCUUUGCACCUGGCGCGUGAGAUAGAGACUGCGGCGGAGGCAGAUAUUAUGAGCAAGGGGGUGUUCCACGUGGCGUUUUCAGGAGGUACCUCGCCGAUCCUCCUGUGGCAGGCGCUGGCGCACAGCUUUGCCAGCGAGAACUGGGCCAACAUUCAUGUCUGGCAGGUGGACGAGAGAUGUGUUCAUCCUGCCGGAGAUUUCCGCUCAAACCUGUUUCACCUGGACCGCCACCUGUUGAGACUAGCGGGGGUUCCUUGGUCGCACGUUCACACAAUGCCAGUCGAUCUGGCCGGUCGUAUCUGUGAUCCCGAAUUGCAAGGUGCCAGACUCUACUCUGACAGCAUCCGUAAGCAUGUCAUGAACCUGCAGAUGGAUUUUAUCCUCCUCGGCCUAGGUGAGGACGGUCACACAGCGUCGCUGUUUCCCAGAAGCCCUACACUCAGCGCCGACUCGGAAACGCUCGUGGUCUUGACGGACAGCGGACCCAAGGACACGCCCUCUCGCAUGACCAUGACCUUGCCCCUCAUUAACCGGGCCAAGCGCGUGGCCUUCCUGGUGAUGGGCUCCCAGAAGCACGCGGUGCUAGAGAAGCUGGAGAAGGCCCACUCAAGAACGGGCAUCGUCGACGAGUUGCCUGCCCUAGGUGUGAAUCCGGUCAACGGAACCCUGACCUGGUACAUCGACUAUGACGCGCUGCUAGCAAACCAUUACGAGGAAAUUAAAAGAUGAGAGUACGGGUCACCGCCUCGCUAUCACUCGUUGUACAGACUAGAUGGAUGAGGUGUUGAAAGCACGAGUGUUGUGAUAAAAUUUGUGUUUGGCGCAGCGAACUGUCAUUAAAUGUCUAGUGGUGGGCAGUUUUCAUUAAUGACUGAAUAGAGCUAGGUUUUUCUGUCAUCCCAAGUAAUCUUUCUGGAAGUAGUUGACUUUGUCUCACAUGGCGCCCAGUUUCAUGAGCAGAUGCUUUGAAUGCUCUCAGGUACUAGAGACUAAAUUUAGGGAAAGUUCAAGUCUCUGGAGCAGAUACAAUGAUCGACUAUGGUGCUGGUCAACGUAAACCGGCCUCUUUCGUCCCCUUUCGUCCCCCUGCACGGGUGCUGUUCCUGAUUGUUAGGUCGCAGACUAUACAGAACUAUAUCAGAAACUUUUCACAAGGUAAAACAGUUCGGAUUCAUGGUUUUCAUACUACACUUAACUAAAUCUUUAUGACUGAAUUAUGGCGAUAUUAUAGCCAAUGUAAAUUCUGAUCGCAAUCAAGAAUCGAUGUUUCAGCUACACACAUUUUAGACUUGACCAUAAUUUUCUUGUUAUAAUUAGGUAAAUUGCAUAUAAACUGCAAUUAUGCAGUUUGUCUAUCACUAACAAAAACUGUUAAAAUCGAAUUGGAGCUGAACUGGACUGUCAUUAAAUGUUAUUGUCAUCGUAA